AUGGAUUGUAAAAAUGUCUGGGUCUGGAAGGUUGGAACUUGUAAUGCUAGCUUUCCAUACCUAGAAAAUCUGUAUUGCAUAACCAACAAAAGUCGCAGCCUCUUUUGUCAUGCAAAGACGCAGUUUCUCAUGCGGAUUGCCUAUGAGAAAGCGUUUUGGGAAGUUGUCAUGCCGGACUGCAUUCGGAAGUGUUUUCAUCAUGCACAUUUUAGCAUCACAAGUUUCCAGACCCAGACA